AAUGGACAUUUACACGUUGGUGAUACAAUUAUUGUUGCUGGUCAAGAAGGUCCAAUUGUAACACAAGUUCGUGGUCUUCUUAUGCCAGAAUCAAAUAGAGAAUCACGUGUUCGCAAUCAAUAUCAAAAUUAUAAAACAAUCAAAGCUGCUUGUGGUAUAAAGAUUGCUGCUAAAAAUUUAGAAAAAUCUAUGGCUGGUUUACCCUUAUUUGUUGGUCGAAAAGAAGAUGAAGUUGAUUAUUUUAAAAAUGAAAUUCAAAAUAUUCUUAAAACAGCUCUUAGUUCAAUUAAACUACAAGAAACUGGUGUUUAUGUUCAAGCAUCAACAUUAGGUUCAUUAGAAGCCUUACUUGAAUUCUUAGAAACAUCAAAUAUUCCAUAUGCUGGAAUUAAUAUUGGACCUGUUCAUCGAAAAGAUAUUGUUCGUGCAUCAAGUCAACUUGACAGAAAACCACAAUGGGCAGUUGUCUUAGCAUUUGAUGUGAAAAUUGAAAGAGAUGCUCAAGAUCAUGCAGAUAGUGUUGGUGUUAAAAUCUUCCAAGCGGAUAUCAUGUAUCAUUUAUUUGAUAUGUUUUUGGUACAUCGUGAAGGUUAUAAAAAAGAAGAUCAAGAAAAAGCUCGACAUCUAGCCGUAUUUCCAUGUAAAUUAAGAGUUCUACCAGAAUUUAUGUUUAAUAAACGUGGUAAAAUUAUAUGUGGUGUUAUUGUUGAAGAUGGUUUUGUUAAAUUAGGUACACCAAUAUGUGUUCCAUCAAAAGAAUUUAUUGAACUUGGUCGAGUUGUUAGUAUUGAAUUAAAUCAUAAACCAUUGGAUAUAGCAAGAAAAAAUUCUGAAGUUUCCAUCACAAUUGAACCAGUUGGUAAUGAAGCACCAAAAAUAUUUGGACGAGAUUUUGAUGAAACUGAUCUAUUGAUGAGCAAAAUUUCUCAAGAAUCUUUUGAUGUUGUUAAAGAUCAUUUUCGUGGUGAUAUGCAAAAAUCUGAUUGGCAAUUAAUGAUUGAAUUAAAAGAGAUAUUUAACAUUCUUUAA